AUGAUGUUUGAAGACUUUAAAACUUUCUGUCAACUCCCUUUGGACUAUGUUAUCGUUGGAGGCGGCACUGCAGGGCUAGCAGUCGCAGCACGCCUGUGCGAGGACCCGAAGGUGAAGGUGGGGGUGAUCGAAGCUGGCCCCUCGGCCCUGGAUGGAGAAGAUGGCGGUGCGAUCAUGGUGCCAGGUCGCUAUGGCGAGGCAAUUGGAUCCAAAUAUGACUGGCAAUUUGAAACUACUCCUCAGCCAGGCAUUGGAGGGCGAUCGCUGAAAUGGCCCCGAGGGCGAGUGUUGGGUGGUACCAGUGCACUGAAUUUCAUGGCUUGGAACCGCGGCCAUCGUGAAGAUUAUGAUGCAUGGGCUCGGCUAGGAAAUGAAGGUUGGAGAUGGGCUGAUUUACUUCCUUACUUCCUACGAAGCGAGACCUUCCACCGACCUACCGCUACGCACCGAGAACAUUAUCACUCAUCCUAUGAUGCUGGAUACAAUGGGACUGACGGCCCCCUCCACACUACCCAUAUCAAGCAGUAUGAUCCGGCACAUCAGUACUGGCACGAGACUCUGAAUGCACUGGGGCUGGAAUCCACCCUCGAUUCACUCGCAGGCUCGAAUUGCGGGGUCUGGAACAUGGUGUGCACAAUAGACCCUCAGCUUCAGCAGCGAAGUUACUCUGCAUCGGCCUACUACGCGCCUGCCGCGAAGAGAAAGAAUUUGCAUGUAUUAACUGAUGCGACCGUGCUGAACGUGCUUAUCGAACUGGUCGAUGGAUACUGGGAAGCGACUGGUGUUAGAGUAAGACAUGGCGAAGAGGAGAAGGACGUGAUAUGUAUUCGUGAGGUGAUCUUAUGCGCAGGUAGUAUACAGUCGCCACAGCUAUUGGAGCUCUCGGGUAUCGGUCAAAGAAAUGUCCUCGAAGCGGCCGGAAUCGAUGUCAAGGUCGAGAACCCAAAUGUCGGAGAGAACCUACAGGACCAUAUGAUGACUGCGACUAUCUUCGAAGUUUUACCAACCCUCUCAUCUCGCGAUGACAUUCUCAAUGACGAUAUAUUGCGCGAGGCUGCGGACAGAGCCUACUACGCUUCACAGACAGGGCCAUGGACCGUGUUGCCCUGUUCUGUCGCCUAUUGCCCUCUAACUCAAGUGGCAUCCCGGGAAGAACAGACCCAACUACACGAAGCCGCCUCGAACCUCGCCCAAGAAACGGGUCGUUUACAGGAUAAGCUUCUUGCGGAGCAAUUCGAUUCAGAGAAACGACUGCGUGGUCAGCUCGAGUACAUCUUUGAUCUGGGGAACUGGAGCCAAGAUUUCCAUUCGGAACCGGGAAAGAAGUAUGGAACUUUGUUGCAGAUGCUCCAAUAUCCAUUUUCUCGGGGCUCUAUUCACAUACCUCCACGGAGAGACAAUUUAUGCAAAAGCACAAUUGACGAUAAGCCUAUUAUUGACCCACAGUAUUAUCUGGGACCUGGAAAAAUUGACCAGAAAGUGAUGGCCCUGGGCCAACGAAUGGCCCAACACAUCUCCCAGACAGAGCCCCUCGCAAAAAUCAUCAAAAAGCAGGUCUAUCCUCCUCUGCCGCAUGAGUCGACCUCUGAACAGAGUGCACAGGAGGAAUUUGUUUCGAACUAUACCGUCACGGACUGGCAUCCGGUUGGUACCUGUGCCAUGGGAGGCCUUGAAGGAGCAAAAGCUGGAGUUGUUGAUGAUCGGCUACGUGUAUACGGAGUGCGUGGCUUGCGUGUUAUAGAUGCUAGCAUUAUGCCUCUGCAGGUUGGCGCACAUAUUCAGGCGACUGUGUAUGCUAUUGCAGAGAAAGGAGCUGAUAUGAUUUAUGAGGAGUGGCAUUGA